UUAUAAGCCUGUCAACAUGCAGAACAGAAGACCAGUCCUUGUGUUGGAUGGCUCGGGUCGGACCGUUCUAUGAACAACAUUUGAAAUUUGGAGACGGAGAAAUCUGAGAGUUGUACUUAUCUGGCUUUUAGAUAAGUAAUGUCGUGGCUUGCUCUCCGAAUAUAAUAAGAAGACGACGACAGCAGCGGCAGCAUGUACCUUAACCACUACAACAGGUCCUCCUCGUUCCCCAGCAUACUGAUCCAGUAUGACACGCCACGUCUCGCUAAACAGGUGCACUGGUCACGUCGAACCAAGGAGGAGGAACGAAGUAAGGGAAUAAGACAGAGCGGAGAUGAUCUGGACAGACUAGAGAACAUAGUGGAGAAGAAAGGGAGAACGGAGCAGAUGCGGGCCCUGAAACUUGAAGCGAUUGCGAGGGAACAGCUAGCCAGGUAUGACAGCUAUAUCCAGCGGCUCAACGACAAGGUGGCCCGACAGAGGGCGGAGAUGAGACGCCGCACAGAGGAGACUGAGACCCGGAUCCUGGCACAGGAGCAACAGCGACGACGUGAACGGAAAGCCAGGAAAACACAACCUCUCCCUCCAAUAAACAACCCUGACCAUUUCAAGAAAUAUCCAAAACAAAAUUUGGCAAGACCGUGCUCCUCGGAGACGUCUUGAAAAGGAAGGGCUUCCUGCGCUGUCAGGAGGAAGUGGAUCGGUUCUGGCACACUAAUAUGAUCGGCCACAACGUAGGUCAGCACUCAUCUGCCUAGUCCCUGCACUACUGCCCAUUGAUAUGGCUUCUGCAACACAGGAAUCGGAUACCCCAUGCGGACGACGCUGUCUUCCUUCGCCUGUAAUCAAAGAUAUGUUCCAGCCUGCCUCGUUUAUUUUACAUCCAUGCGCUGGAUCACCGGCUGCUAAAGACCAAGGGAAGUACCUGCAGAGAGGUACAUGGGUGUCUCCUGGUACUGUGUCAUUACGUCCGACAAAAUACUUGAGUGAGUGAGUGAGUUCAGAUUUCUCGUCACAUCGGGGUAUUUCAGCCUUUUAGGGACUGAAACAAGUUAUGCAUUCAUCACAGACGAAUCCAGGAUAUGAAAUACGUAGAGCAGUAAAAGCAUCAAGAAUAUCAAGAUAUACAGCAUUAUAAUCUGAAAUGUAGACAAUACAAUAUAUAACAGGCUAUAUAUCGCAAACAAGUGAAGGUAGAUCACCAUACUAAGGACAGUAAUCACUUACAUUACUUUUCCUUCCUGCAUGGACCCUAGCUAGAUUUACACCGUCACUUCAUCCGUUGGCGUUGUGCUAUUUAUCUAUUUACAAAAUAUAUUUAUCCAAAAUUUUCAAACAAUUGAAUUUCUUUUAACAAAUCAAUAAUUAAAUAACAACUAACAUUACCAAAACGAUCCUUGACUGUUUUCACGGUGAAAUGUUUCCCCCUUGUCAUGGACAAAAUCAACACAGUCAAUCAGAACAUGCUUGAACACGUGAUUCUUUCAUCGCAGGGGAUGCAAAAUAGCGGAUUCUCACCUUUCACAUAAGUAUUCAGGUGUAUAUCGUGGAUGGCCAAUACGGCAUCGUCGCAUAAUGAUUUCGUCUAACCUGGACUAACAACCCAUGUAGGUGUAACCGAUAGUUGGUUUAACUUCAUGUCAUUUAUUGACACCUACUUGAGUGUCCCACUUGUUUUGUAUUAAAUCUCUAAUGCAACAUCUAAUUAUUGGUUUAUAAUCUGUGUAGGGGAUGGUAAGUGGUGUCACAGAUUGGUCAAUCUCAAGAUGACAUGUGAUAUGUAAUAUACAAUAAUAGUAUUCUUUAGAAUAUAGUUACUGUAAUAGAUUCACAUGCUUUAGAACACAAUCAUUUAAGAACAGAGCCAACUCAUUUUCAUUGGCAAGUGUCUGCAGACACACCGAUGUCAUGAGUAUGCGCCUCUGAAUGUAUGAACAUACUAGUUUUUUACGUUGGUACGCAUAGUUGGGAUGUAGACGUGCAGACAAUACACGAACAUAACAUACAUACAGUAUAUUCGCAAGAGGGAAUACCGACAGCUAGAUAUUAGUUAAUUGGUACUUGUCGCAAAGCUACGUUAGAGUCAUGACAUUAUACCUUACACCUAACAUAUUUAGUUUGAAGCGAGCAGCGUAAGAAAUGUCUUACCUUAAAGAAGGGUGUUGAGUUGUCGGCGUUUAUUAGGCGGAGGCAGAGUGAGGCAGGCAUCACGACAGCCGUUAAUACAAUUCAAGCCUUUA